AUGUGUAUUAGAAAAGUCUUUAAAGCUUUACCAGCAGAAUCAGUAAUUGUCUUUGCUAAUGUUACCGCAGUUUCAAUUUGGGGUACUAAAACAAUCUAUGACAAUAUAAAGAGAAUGAAUGAAGAAAACCACUUUGAUGUUGUCGAAGAUAAUUAUAUGACUCCUUUGGACCAUUUAAGAGAAAGAGGUCAUAGUUUUGAAAGAGGUGAAAAGAAAACAGUUUUAUAA